UCUAGAGCACCAGUUCACCUGAAUGCACCAUGUUGCCAAAGCGCAGCCGUAAAAUGCUGUGUGAAAGCGCAACUGUCAAACUAGUGGGGAAAUUAUAUUUCAAAAAGUUUAAAUGAAUGUUUUUGUCUAAAAAUUUAGCGUGUAAAAACAGUUUUAGAUUUUGCACUAAUAUAGAAAAUGCCAUAGUAUAUGGAAACACAAUUAAAUAAAUACGUAGGAGCAAAUUAUUAUCAGUGUACAGGCGAUUAUAAGGAUGCAGCUCCUUUAAACUACCGGUCUUCUCCUUCUCGUUUCCUAUUGGCUGGAUAAUUUCAGAGUCUCACCAAUCGUGUUGGACAUUGAGAAACAAACAGGAAGUUAUAUAAUUAUUGAAGUUAUUUGCGACGAAGCAGUAGUUUAAAUUUCAAUGGACUGCCAUAUUUUACUCUGUAACUUAUCUUGUUAUCUUAUCAUUGGACUGUAGGAGCUUUAAGUGCAUUGCUUUUGAGUGAUUUUUCGUGUUAUUUACUAUAGUAAAGUUGAUCCACGCUGCAGGAAUAUGGAGCUGAAAGAUGUGGAAAAGUGCUGCUGUGUGAUUAAAGUUUCUGGGACACCAGGGAGGAAAUCCGUCAGCUGCAGCGGAGUAAUCGUCCACCCUCGGUCUGGUACUGUCUUAUGCACCGGCCUCCCGUUUUGCCGGUUUGUUACCGACAGAGAGCUCCUCUCCUCAGACGCCGAGGUCCUGUUUCCCCGCAGCUUCAGCGACAAACUAAAAAUCCGCGUCUGCUUGUCAGGUUCCAGAAGGAGCAAGCCAUCCCGUCAGCGGGAGGUUUCAGGCGAGCUGCUGAUGCUGGUGAACUGCGUGAAGUUCAAACAGACCUUCCUGGGAGUUUUCCAGGAGACAGACCAGUGGCGUUUCCAUGGUGAUGAUGAGGAUGCUGAGCUGAUCAGAGAUGCCCAGUCCCUUAGCUGGUUUGCAGUCCUCAGGGCGGGUGUGGUGGCGAACAACAACACAGACACAGAAAGUACCCCCUGGCAGAGCAGCUUGUCUCUGCAGAAAGGCUGCCCGGUUGUUGCAUGCGGCUCUCCGUUUGGCUCCCUCUGCUUAGACCUCUUCAUCGGCACCCUCAGCCGAGGGAUUGUCAGCAACCUGGCUGGAGAAGACAAUGCUGUCAUCCUCACAGACGCUCGCUGCCUACCCGGCACAGAGGGUGGAGGCUUGUUUGUGGUGGAGCCCACAGACAGUGUCCGCCUCAUCGGUGUGAUUGUGUCUCCAUUUGGCUGGAAGUCAAAUGAGUGGAUAGGCCUCACUUUGGUCUGCUCUGUUGAAGUGAUCUUCAGGAGCGUCAUCCGUUGCACAGGGGUCCGAGAUCCGCUUCGUGGGGUUUGGGAACAAAAAGAAGAGGCAGAUCUCUGCAUGUCCAGUACAGCUCAGGGGCCAGAAGCUGUUAGACACCCCACUGUGUGCUUUGUGGACAGUGGACAGGCCUGGGGCUCAGGAGUUGCUGUCAGCGCAGGGCUGGUGGUAACUUGCCGGCAUGUAGUCAGUGGGAAGUCUUCAGUCACCCUGAAGUUUCAUCAAGAUGGCAGAGUCCGAGAUGUUGUGGCCGAUGUUUUGUUCUCCACUAAAUCAUCUUCACCAUACGAUUUGGCUUUAAUUGAGCUUAGAGACCCCGUUCCAGAAGCUGUGAUCCCCAGAAUGUCAAAAAGUUUUCACCUAGGUGAAGCUGUGGUUGUAGUGGGAUACGGCGGGCUGGGCCGAGUCUGCGGUCCAUCCCUGACAUCUGGUGUCCUCUCCAAGGCCAUCAGCUUGAAUGGCCAGCCUGUCAUGCUCCAGACCACAUGCGCAGUACAGGCGGGAGCCAGCGGGGGCGCUGUGGUGCAGAAACAGUCGGGAGAGCUGCUUGGGAUCGUUUCGAGCAAUGCGCGAGACCUGGCUGCGAGCGUAACAUAUCCGCACCUCAACUUCAUCAUCCCGGCGCCUGUUUUCCAGAGGUCGCUGCAGGAGUUUCAAAAGACAAGAAAUGUCGACGUGUUCAGUGUGCUGAACGCUACAGAGCGGGAUGUGAGACGGGUGUGGAGGCUGCAAGGUGCACAAAGCAAACUGUGACCUGCGAUUCAUAAACUUUGAGAGGUUAUGUGUUCCCCUUAAAUUCUUUUAAACAGACAUUAAUAUACAUAUAAGGGCAUUGUUUCCACUAACUCGUCGCAGAAUCAUUAGAAUAUUAGAAAGAUGAUGUUAAUAUAUUGUAAUACCGAUGUAUUCUUUUAUUCAAUUUGACUACAAUAAACCUUCCUGUAUUUUUACCGAG